CUGCAGCGUUCGUAGCUUCCGAAUCCGGUUCCGCGGCUGCAUCACCGUCACGCACGCCAGGUAUGCACCAUGAGGGCUGUGUGAGCAGUAGCUGCAGCAGAACACCUCCGGCUCAUGAAGACGCACCGAUCGGAAGGAAAAAUCAGUGCGCCAGCGGAGAUUUGUGCACGGUGAGAAAACCUCCACGCGUCCUGUCCUUGCGCAACAACGGACAUGCGUUAAAGUCACGGAGGAAGGCGCGCGUAAACAUGCAAUAAGUGCCAGCGGCUUGGCCAGGUAGCCCGCUGCGCAAGAGCGCUCCCUUCGGACCUCCUGUGUGAACUUUAGCCGCUGAGGUUUGACGCGAUGGCUGCCGCUCUGGGUGAACUUGGAGGCGUCCUGCACGGCAUUGACGGCGUGGCGCACGUCGGGUCCCAUUUCCUGCUGCCCCCUCUUGGGGACAGCCCCAUGCUGCUGGGGGAGCACCUGAUAUCUGGGGAGAGGCUGUCCCGGAGCACGACAGCGGAUUUAACGCACCUGAAAGGGAUUCUCCGGAGGAGACAGUUAUACUGCAGAACUGGAUUUCAUCUGGAAAUACUUCCGGAUGGCACAGUGCAAGGCACGAGGAAGGACCACAGUCGUUUUGGUAUUUUGGAAUUCAUAAGCCUUGCUGUUGGCUUGAUAAGCAUUAAAGGGGUGGACAGUGGACUCUAUCUGGGGAUGAAUGACAAAGGGGAGCUAUAUGGCUCUGAAAAGCUCACAGCCGAAUGUGUCUUCAGGGAGCAGUUUGAGGAGAACUGGUACAACACCUACUCCUCCAACCUCUACAAGCACGGAGACAAAGGAGCGCGCUACUUUGUGGCAUUAAACAAGGAUGGUACACCGAGGGACGGGACUAAAUCCAGGCGGCAUCAGAAGUUUACACACUUCUUGCCUCGGCCUGUGGACCCCGAUCGAGUUCCGGAGCUGUACAGGGAUAUCCUGGGGCACAGCUGAGAGCCGGAGGCCCCCAUCUAGAUCAGGAAUAGCUGCUAAAGCUGCAGCCCUCGCAGGGAGCAGAGAGACGGAAGCAGGGACGGUGCAAGCUGGUGGACGGCAGCCCUGCCAGCAGGGAUAAAGGCACCGGGGCCUCUUCUAGGAAUGCACGAGCCAUCUCUCAGCAGCCAGGAGGACAGUGUAGAAUGUCUGACUUUGUCAGCCUGCACACUCAACAUGAGGGGGCUGUUUGUUGCAGAGGCCAGCCGACCCGAAAAGUACCUGCAUGGAAUCAGAGAUACGCUGCAGAGAGAUGGAGAGAAAGAAGCUGAACGGACAGGGAGCGUCUCCUGAGCCGGCUCAGACAGAGGCAUCGAACUGGAGUCCAUCUAGUGUCAUAUUUCUAUUUCUGUCUGUCAGAAAGCCUUAGUUUGUUAAGAAGGACUUUGAAGGAAAUCAGUUUUUUUUUUAAUCCAGUCUAGACUCAUUUGAAAAGAGCAAAACAUAACAAUUUAUUUAUUCAUUUUAGAUACAUAUAUUUAUGUUAUAUAUUUAUUUAUUUGAGAAUAUAUUUUUACAAUUAGAUACCUACGAUAUAGAUAAACCAGUAGAAAGUGUAUCGCUUGUGUAAACACUGUGCCAUAUGUCGUAUAUUCUUUUUAUUUUGUACCGUAGCACACAGCAAGUGAUGCAGACACAUCAAAAUAUGGUAACUGUGAAUUAAUAAAAAAAAAAAAUGAAAAUCUGUUUAUUUUUCACAUGAUAAUUUCAGCCAAACUGUUACACGUUUAAAUCAGAAUCUGACACCAGCAAAGAGAAAACAACUGCUAAAAAAUGUGAUUCCACCCAUUUUGGUUCCAUGUGAAGUCAUUUUGGUUUCUAUGUAUCCAAUCAUGGCCCAAAUCUUAUUGUUUUAAAGGAAAACUAUGUUAUUAAAGGUAUAUUUUGCUGGUUAUCUUUCAAACUUUAAACAUAUAAAGCUGCUUACGAGA